CGUUUGGCUUCCUUGUCCAGCGUGCGCACUGUUGUGUGCAUUCUAGGCUCGGUUCACAGGCUGCUAGGACAUUCGAGCGAUCUGUGUGCAGUGUUUUCACUGAAACCGAAAAUCCAUAGCCAGCAGGAUAAUCUCAGCUUCACCUUCGGCCCAGGUGAUAAAGUCAUCACGUAGCAGUACUCGACCGCAGCCUUCAGUGCCGUGAUCCGUGUGUUUGUCGGGUGAAUCAUAUCGAUCUGAGAAGGCAAACAAAACUGUAGGAUGGCAGCGAUUAUGAAGGCGGCCAAGUGCCCAACGGAUGAGCUUUCGCUGAAAAACAGAGCCAUUGUGAGUGGAGCCGAUUUCCCACCGGACAUCAAAUACAUUGAUGUGUCGACGGCACCGGGACAGCACUUUAUCUUUUCCACCGAGCGUACGAUGUCGGGUGAAAUAAACCCCGGCUGUAUCGGAUUUUCACUGCUGCAACGGAAGUGGGCCACGCUGUCGAUCAAUCAAGACAUUAGCAUUAAGCCUUUUCAUUUCGAGAGAUCAUCGGAGGUCCUUUGCAGUAUCGCAUUGGACGUGGACUUUUUGCAGAAGAAAACCGUGACGCACGAACCGUACGAUAGCGAUCAGAUGGCAAGGGAUUUUCUGCUCCAGUUCGCCGGACUGGCGGUGACGGUUGGCCAGCCGCUGGUGUUUAACUUCCAAGACAAGAAGCUGCUCUGCCUGUCGGUGAAAACAUUGGAGGUGAUCGAUGCAGCCGCUAUGGCAGCCGGUGGCAACGGUGGUGCGCCUACAGAACCGAAACGCGUCAACUUUGGCCGUGUGCUAGCGAACACGGUGGUAACGUUCGAAAAAGUGGAAGGUUCCGGGUUGAACUUGGUGGGAAAAUCGAAAGGACGUGCUACGGCGGUACGCCAGUCAAUCAUCAAUCCGGACUGGGAUUUUGGACGCAUGGGAAUCGGUGGUCUCGAUCGUGAGUUUAAUGCCAUCUUCCGGCGCGCGUUUGCCUCGCGUGUUUUCCCACCGGAGGUCGUGGAACAACUCGGAUGCAAGCACGUAAAGGGUAUCCUGCUGUACGGUCCACCCGGUACGGGAAAAACACUGAUGGCCCGCCAGAUCGGCACGAUGUUGAAUGCACGCGAACCGAAGAUCGUCAACGGUCCACAAAUAUUGGACAAGUACGUCGGAGAGUCGGAAGCCAACGUACGCCGUCUGUUUGCUGAUGCCGAAGAGGAAGAGAAGCGUCUCGGACCGGCUAGUGGUUUGCAUAUCAUUAUUUUCGAUGAAAUCGACGCUAUUUGCAAAGCGAGAGGCUCAGUCGGAGGCAACUCGGGAGUUCACGACACGGUCGUCAACCAGCUGUUGGCAAAAAUCGAUGGUGUCGAGCAGUUGAACAACAUCCUCGUGAUCGGUAUGACCAACAGGCGCGAUAUGAUCGACGAGGCGCUGAUGCGACCGGGUAGAUUGGAAGUCCAGAUGGAAAUCAGCCUUCCUAACGAGGAAGGUCGCGUGCAGAUUCUCCGCAUUCACACCCGGCGAAUGAAGGAGUUCAAGAAGCUGAACCCGGAUGUCGAUUUGGCUGAGCUCGGACAGAUGACCAAGAACUUUAGCGGUGCAGAGCUGGAGGGCUUGGUACGGGCGGCGCAAUCGACGGCAAUGAACCGUCUCAUCAAAGCCGCCUCGAAGGUCGAGGUAGAUCCGGCAGCGAUGGAGAAGCUGAUGGUUACGCGCGAGGAUUUUCUGCAUGCUUUCGAGAACGACAUCAAACCGGCAUUCGGUACGGCGGCCGAGGCACUCGAAAACUAUCUUACUCGCGGCAUCAUAAACUGGGGUCUACCAGUUGCUCACGUCCUUGAGGACGGUGCACUGUACACCGAGCAGGCGCGCGGCGCCGAAGGUUCCGGAUUGGUCUCGGUUCUGCUCGAGGGUCCACCGAACGCGGGUAAAACGGCCCUCGCAGCCAAACUGGCCAAAAUGUCCGAUUUUCCCUUCGUCAAGGUGUGCAGCCCGGAUGAGAUGGUUGGGUUCACGGAGAGUGCCAAAUGCUUGCAAAUACGAAAGUACUUCGACGAUGCCUACCGUUCCACUUACAGCUGCAUUCUGGUGGACAACAUCGAACGGCUGCUCGACUACGGUCCGAUUGGUCCGCGGUACUCUAAUCUCACGCUGCAGGCACUGCUGGUGCUGCUGAAGAAACCACCGCCGAAGGGCAAGAAGCUGCUUAUUCUCUGCACGACUAGCCGACGCCAAGUGCUGGAGGACAUGGAAAUGCUGUCCGCGUUCACGGCGGUGCUGCAUGUGCCGAAUCUUUCGACCCCCGAACACCUGCUGGCUGUGUUGGAGCAAGAGCCGGACGUGUUCGGGCGCAACGAACUAGCGGCAAUUUAUAAGCGCGUCAAGGGCCGACGAAUUUUCGUGGGCAUCAAGAAGCUUCUCGAUCUGAUCGACCUGGCGCGACAGAUGGACCCGCAGGUGCGGAUGAUGAAGUUCUUGGCGAAACUCGAGGAGGAGGGAGCCAUCGAAGAUCCGACCGUUGCGAAGUAAAGUGGCCGACAACGGUUUGUUCUAAGGGUGUACAUCGCCUGUUUGGCGUCACGUUGAACGUGCACUGCCAGCCCAUUUAACACCGGUUGGCAUCCUUCGUCAAUUCUCCGUCUGUAGCGAGAAACACACUGGCUGCAAUGCAACUGUUUCAAAGGUCAAUCAAGCAUGAUCCGUGUUUGUUGUUUUAUGCUUCCGCCUAAAUCCGUAAGUUUAGUUCGCGCUCGCCAGGAAAGUAACCCGCCGUGUUAAGACAAUUGUGCUGGUGCUUCAAUGCGCACCACACAUCGAUGGCAGUCGGGUCAAGGCUGAUUGACCGAGGUGUAUUAUGAAUACUGCGACAAAUCAUUACUACUAAACAUAGGGUUUCAUUUGCAAAGCAUUACCGUUAACUGUUGAUAUCAUUUAUCGUUAUUAUAUUUUGCAUUUGUUGUUAACUAUUUUCAACUAUAGUUUACUACUAAAGGAGCCUCGGCGAUGAAUAUACCUACGAAAAUAAUGAGAGACAAAAAAAGAAAGACACAAAUGUAACGAAGCACUGUUGUGUGUAGAUUAUAAAUUUUGUUGCACUCGAACACGCCGUACUCAAUAGCGGAUCGACGCUUAGUAUGCAUAAAAAAUUGUUAAACAAAAUACGAAGAAGCAAAAGUGGUUAAUGUAAAAAAAAUUACAGAAGAACGUAUUUACAACAAAACCAACAAACUUACACUCACACAAGUAUUAUCAGACAUAUUCUCCCUGUUGCGGGCUAGGCAUUCAGAUUAUGAAACAAUAUCCAACGCCUUGCCCGCGUGUGCGUUAUCGUAGAAAGUGUACGACACCUGUUAACCUACCGUUAGGAGCCGGGAG